CUUCUGACUGCUAGUGCUGACCGAUAAUAAUGCUGCCUGAUGCACUGCCUAACAUGGAGCUAUGUAGUGACCUGCAUCUUCACGUUCCCUUUGCAUUCUUUGAAAUGUACAGCGAUGAGUAUAAUGACCUUGGCUGACCUUCCCCAAGAGCUAAUCCUCUCCAUCGCCGACUUCGCACGCAUCAGAGACACCAACACCCUAUCCCAAACAUGCCAUCUUCUACACAACAUCCUCGACCCAUAUCUCUGGCGCGGCAACCAAAACAACGCCUUACUAUGGGCGGCCUCACACGCAAACAAGUCGACAGCACGUAAAGCCCUGCAACAAGGCGCCGACAUCAACACCCAAGCCCCUCCGACCGAUAAGAUCCUCUUCAAAUAUAACUGGGGCAGAACUGUCGAAAAGAUAUACACCCAGACCGGAGCCACCCCGCUCACCCUAGCAAUUGCCGCAGGGAACGAGGACACAGUCCGCUUCCUGCUGAAGGUCGAUGGCAUCGACGUCAACCGGCGCAGCGAGAACAAAGAGCAGCCGCCGCCGCUGACUCUGGCAAUUCUAGCUGGGCAUGAAGAGAUGGUUCGAAUGCUGCUUGGCGUCUCAGACAUCGAUACUGAAAUCAUGGAAUGGUAUUCAUGCGGACGCCCGUUGAUGGUCGCCUCGAUGCUGGGGCUGGUGGGGAUGGUGAAAUUAUUCCUAAUGCACGGGGUGGACCCUGAUAAGGGGAAUUGCUUUGCGCAGUCGCCGUUAUGGCUUGCGGUAUAUCGGGGCCAUGCUGAGGUUGUGACGAUGCUGAUUCAAGCCGGUGCCUCGCCGCAUCCUAUCGACAGGACACUAUCCGGUCCUUAUGGCUGGUAUGCAGAGCCGGUGCAAAGCGCAGUCAGUGGGGGGAGGCCAGAGAUCCUGCGGGAACUGAUCAAAUCGCCGCGCUUUGAUGCAGCGAAGCUGAGUCGGCCGGUUGAGCAGUUGCAGCACGAUUGUAUCCGCGACAACGGGGUUGAGUGCUGGCGGAUACUCUUUGCGCUGGGCUGUCAGGAUCCAAACUGGAGUGAGGAUGGGCGGACGGCGCUGUGGUGGGCGGCUGCGUAUGGCCAUGAGGAUAUUGUGCGGUCGUUGCUGGCUGUUGAUGGGGUUGAUGUGAACACUGCUGGUCGUGGGGAUACCUUUACGCAUGAGUAUAUUGAGCGGAUGAGAAGGCUGGGGCCCCCUGGGUAUGGCGAGGGCGUUACGCCGUUGAUUGUGGCGGCGAGAGAGGGGCAUGUUGGUGUAGUCAAAUUAUUGCUUCAAGCUGAUAUUGAUGUCCAUGCCAGGGACGAAGAGGGCGAGACUGCGUUGAUGGCAGCGCAGUCGAGAGAACAUGAAGAUGUUGUGAAAUUAAUACAAAUAAAAUUGACAGAAUAAUUAAUCUAGCAUAAUAAUCCUGACUUAGGGAUAUCUCAACCAAGUUAGGGCUCAAUAUCAAA